GAGAGAGUAGACAGAGAAACACAGAGAGAGAAAGAACAAAGAAAGAAAGAGAAAAGUAGAGAAUAAAAGUUUUUGAACAUCGGCCAGCAGAAAGUGGGGAGGGGAAAGAAGUGGGACAUGAUCACUCUGGCAGUAACCUUUUCUUUUCCUCUGUAAAGCUUCGGCAGAAAAGUCUGAGAGGAAAAACUGAGUGGAUUACUACAGCAGGGCAGCAGCAGAAGGAUUUAACCCACCUAAGCACGGAUUUAGGCCUACUGGCCACUGGAUUCAUGUGGUCAUAACUGAAGGGAUCUAUCAAUAGCUUCAGGUAGAAGUUAAAGUGUGUGUGUAAUCAGAGGAGUGAGCCAUGAGGAAUAUCUGCUCCUUCCUGGUUCUACUGUCCCUCUGGUCAUGUGACCCGGCGACAUCAUACAAAGAAGUGCCAUGCCCUGUCCAACAGGUAGAAGGCUGGAAGUUCCCAUUAUCAGAAAGUCACAACAUCACAGGUUUCAAUCUAGUCCGUCGCUUCUCUCUGCUGAAGACACCAGCGGUCAAGAAGAUCCGUAACCCCAGAGGAGCUGUCAUCCUCCGACUGGGCAAGACCGCCCUAAUCCAGCCUACAGAUCAGGUGUUUCCUGAUGGUCUUCCUGAUGAGUUCACCCUGGUAUUCACUCUGCUACUCAAGAAGAAAACACUGCGAGACAACAUCUACCUCUUCCAGAUCUCUGAUGAACAUGGAUACCCCCAGUUCUCUCUGGACCUGAACGGCCCCGAGGGCACCCUGACGCUCCGUGCACGGGGGGCCGACCCCCUGGGUGACGCGGUGGGUUGUGUGUUCAAUGUGGACUCCCUCCUGGACGGUCGCUGGCAUAAGCUUGCCCUCAGCGUCGCGCAGGAGGCAGUCUCUCUGCACGUGGACUGCAACUCUAUUGAGACCAAGUACCUGGAGCCCCGUGGAGAGCUACCCACCAAAGGACAUACCCUGCUGGGCAUCCGAACAGUCGAUGCUGCCCCUGUGGAGAUGGACAUCCAGCAGUUGAUGGUGUAUUGUGAUGCCUCCCUGGCUUUUCAGGAGGCCUGCUGUGACAUCCCUGGAGCUCGGUGCCCCUCUGAUGCCCCCAAGAGUCGCCGUGCUGCGGAGAACGACCUGGAGCAUAAUGUCCUUGCCUUUAACCAGGAGACCAUUGAAUCCCAGGGUCUGGCGGAGAAGUGUGCUGGAUGUAUUCUUCUCAACGACGACCUAAACCUGGCGUCUGUUAGACACCCUGGACAGCCCAGAAUGAAGGGAGAGAAGGGAGAACCGGGUUCUGACUGCAGUGGAUCUGGUUCCGGUCCAUGCAAAGAGGGACGGAUGGGCCAGAAAGGGGAGAAAGGCGAGUCAGUGCUGCCCGCUAACUGGGGAGAAGCUGUCGGGCACAAAGGGGAAAAGGGACAGAAAGGUGAUGUUGGUCCCCAGGGAUUAUCUGGAAACCCAGGGAAGGAUGGGCGCGCUGGAUCCAUCUGUGUGGUCGGCCCCAAGGGACAGAAGGGUACCUCUGGAGUGGUCGGCCCAGAGGGGCUUGCAGGGGAACCGGGAAAGCCCGGACUCCCAGGAUUGCCGGGAAUUGGUAAACCAGGUUUCCCAGGUGCCCCUGGAAUGCCUGGUAUGAAGGGAGAUAAGGGGGGGUUAGGAACACCAGGGAAAGAUGGGGAGCCUGGAGAUCCUGGUCCUAGGGGUCCCAUUGGCGGCAAAGGAGAUAAGGGUGACCCAUGUGAGGUGUGUCCUGUCUCAUCUGGAGAGCUUGCCAACUUGGUGGGCAUCCAGGGAAAGCAGGGGCCCAAAGGAGAGGCCGGCAUCCCUGGGAUAGGAGAACACGGCCUCCCAGGUCUUCGAGGAGCAGAUGGGAAGGCGGGGGAAAAGGGAGAGGCAGGGUCGGAUGGGAUCAAAGGUGAAAAGGGGGAUUCAUGCACUGUGUGCCCCACCCUGGGUGAAAUACCUGUUACCGUGGAGCAAGCCCUGAAACUGAGGGCUGAGAAAGGAGAACCUGGACAGAAUGGAGAUAAGGGGGAGCCUGGGGUCAGUGGUCUGGCAGGGCCAAGAGGGGAGAAGGGAACUCCUGGUGGCAAAGGAGCUGACGGUAAAACGGGCAAAGCUGGACCCAGGGGACUUAGUGGAAAAGAUGGACAGAAGGGGAUAAAGGGCGAUCCAGGAAUUCCUGGUUUAGGAUAUCCAGGCCCUAAGGGAGAGAAGGGUGCGUCGUGUGAUGUAUGCCAGCCUUCUGAGGUGGGUAGUGGGACAUCCUUUGUCAAGGUGCCAGCAGGUAUACCAGGUGAACCUGGCCCUCCGGGUCCCCCCGGGCCUCCAGGAGAGGGAGUUGAUGGCAAGCGGGGUGUGCCAGGUCUUGACGGUCUGAAAGGAGUGAAGGGAGAACAGGGGGAGCCGGGAGACCAAGGAUUGGCCGGUGCCCCUGGAGUAGCAGGCCUGCCUGGAGAGCCUGGUCGGGAUGGACUAGCUGGACUGAAGGGAGAGAAGGGAGACGCAUGUGAAAGCUGUGCACCUGUUUCUGGGGGGGAGUUUGGUGUAGGAGGGGCGCAGGGACCCAAGGGAGAGAGGGGUGACCCCGGACCCCCAGGAGAGGGAAAGGCAGGGAAACAUGGUAGACCGGGGCUUCCCGGUGUCCGGGGCCCUGUUGGACCUAAGGGAAGCCAGGGGGAACCAGGAGUUGACGGAGUCGGCAUCCGAGGACCUCAGGGAGAAGAAGGACCUAGGGGCAUACCAGGGGUGGUUGGUCCCCCAGGAAUACGAGGACUUCCUGGACCUACUGGACCUGCUGGGGACAAGGGUCCUAAAGGGGAAGAAGGGCCACCAGGACCCCAGGGUCCCAUGGGUGUGGGUGUAACAGGACCCCCGGGGAAAGACGGCGCAGAUGGCUACAAUGGCAUCCCAGGAGCUGAUGGAAGAGAUGGAUCUGACGGAGCCAAGGGGGACAAGGGUGAGCCGGGAGAGUGUACAUGUGUCAGUCCUCCAUACACAGGAGCAGGAGGGCCUGGAGCCCCAGGAACUCUGGGAGGAAACAUGUGGCAGGGCCCCCCGGGACCACCAGGCCCUCCCGGUCCUCCUGGGCCACAGGGCUUCAUCGGCACCCCAGGCCCCCAGGGUAUCCCUGGCAACGACGGGGUACCAGGGCAGCCGGGUCUGCCUGGAAGCACCCCCCCUCCCCCUCUUCUCCCCCAGCACCUGAGGCUUCCUCAGGAUCAAGACACGAGCGGAGGGGAUGGAGAGGAGGGAUGCGUCGACUGCACCAAGGGUUUGCCGGGUGUGCCUGGAAUGGCAGGCACCAAGGAAGAGAAAGUAGAUGAGGGCAAGCCCGGCUUAGGCCAGGACGGCUGUGAAAAGUGUUUCUUAAACCAUCGACUUCAGAGGGAGGAGGCUGCACAGAUGCCUUCUGUCACUACCACUAAUGGAGGCUGCGGACCAGGAAUUCCAGGACACCCGGGACAACAAGGACCCCCUGGAAUAAGGGGGGAGCCAGGCCCCAUGGGGCAAAGGGGACAAGCUGGCAUCCCAGGAAAUAUGGGUCCUCCUGGCUUCCCUGGUCCUCAAGGUUCAUCUGGCUUACCUGGUCAACAGGGAGAAAGAGGGCUAGCUGGACCACCGGGUUUGAAGGGAGAAAUGGGCUCUCCUGGGACUCCUGGAUACCCGGGUUCUAUGGGACAACCUGGACUUCCUGGCCUGAAGGGUGAUCGAGGGACCCCAGGUACUUCAGGAACUAAAGGAGAAUCGGGUCCACCAGGCAACCCAGGAUACCAGGGGCAAGCUGGAGUAGCAGGUCCCAAAGGAGACACAGGACCGGCGGGUUCUGAAGGACCGAAGGGAAAUCAAGGCUCCCCAGGACAGCCAGGAUUCCCAGGCACAUCGGGCCCGCCUGGUCCCCCUGGUAAACAGGGGAGAGAAGGACCCCCUGGACCCAAGGCUGAAAAGGGUAAUGAUGGAGCUUCAGGACCACAGGGUCCAACUGGACCUCCAGGCUCUACUGGGCCCCCUGGCAUUCAGGGACCCCAGGGAUUUGAGGGAUUGGACGGUAAAGAUGGUAAACCAGGGUUACGGGGAGAGCCAGGACUUCCAGGGGUAGUGGGACCCAGAGGAAUUCCAGGUUUCAAAGGGAAACAUGGACAUGCUGGCUUUCCUGGACAGAAGGGUGACGCCGGACCAGUAGGUCCUCCCGGGCCAGCUGGCAGACCAGGACCAGAGGGUGACGCCGGAACACCUGGGCCUCAAGGUCGACCGGGCCCCCCAGGACACCUUGGUUCUCCGGGACCAGCGGGACCUCCGGGACCAGCCGGCAUAGUAGGAGUGGGCAUAAAGGGUGAGAAGGGCCAGCCAGGAGAACGUGGGCUUCCGGGGAUGACUGGAUCUGUUGGUCCCCCCGGUCAUCCAGGAAUGCAGGGAGAACCAGGCAGUGAUGGAGCAGCGGGUAAAGAUGGAGCACCUGGUCAGCCAGGAGACAAUGGACAGUGUGGUCAAAAGGGUGAGCCAGGUGCCGCAGGUCAGAGAGGCGCCCCAGGGGAGCGAGGCCGUCCCGGACCCCCAGGCGGAGGGGCUUAUUCUUCCAAGGCUGAUACUCCUGUGAUGGGCCCAGUGGGACCCAGGGGAGAGAGGGGCACUCCAGGCUCACCAGGCCCUGCAGGGUCCCCUGGACCUCCAGGGUCACCAGGCAACGAGCCUGUGGUCAACUAUGACAACAUCAAGGACUUUAUUCGCCAGCAGGUCAUUAAGGUCUUUGAUGAGAGAAUGUCCUACUUCAUGUCUCGGAUGCAGCAGCCACAAGAGGUGUCAUCUCCGGGUCGCCCUGGGCCUCCAGGGAAAGAUGGCAACCCAGGUAGAGAUGGGUCUCCAGGAGUCCCCGGUCAACCAGGACAGAUCGGCAGAGAAGGCCGCCAGGGACCCCCAGGGCCACAGGGUCCGCGAGGUAUGACCGGACAGAAAGGUGAAAAGGGCGUUGGUGAGAUGGGGGACAGCGGACCACCAGGGGCACCAGGUGUCCCCGGUGUCCCCGGCUACGGUAAGAUGGGCCCCAGCGGGCCCGUGGGCCAGCAGGGUGUCCCUGGAAUCCCUGGAACCCCUGGACAGCCAGGCCAGAAGGGCAGGGAGGGCCGGUGUAACCCCUCUGACUGUAUGAGCCAACCAGUAGAGUGGAACCCUAAGGGCCCCCUCUCCAAGGGCCCCUACUAGAGAGAAGGAACAUGGAAAAAGAGAGAGGGGAGAGAUGGGGCCAGGAGAGGAGGGAGUGAUGGAGAGAAAGAUGACCAAUAACCAGCAGCUGCUCGUCUGAUCAACAGGAAUCCCAGGAGAUGAAAUGUACAUGGAUUCCUCCAUCUGUCAUCGUAGUGUUUUGUUGUUGUUGUUGUUUUAUCAUCAAAGUGUUUGCCAUUUAGAUGUCCUCAGCGCAGGCCAAAGAGGCUUUGAUCAUGGAGAUGGCUGGACACUAUGGUAUCUUUUUUCUCUUUGCUCUGUCGCGUACAUUCUGUUAAUUCCUGCAAUUUUUCCAAACUAGCUGUCAGUUCUUCCAAUAAGGAGACGUAUUUAGUUUGACAAAACCAGCAGAAGCAAACCCAGCCUUUGAAAUGUCCCAGUUCUUCCACAUCCUCCCUGUUCUCAUCGCCAUUGUGAUCAUAUUCUGCUUUGAUGCUUCUGUCUAUCCAUAGAAACAGAAAGAAUAGAACUGGCAUGGCAGUGCCUUUUCCCAAAUUCCCAUUCUAAUUAUGUCUAUAUGCAUUAUAUGUUGUUUAAGUUUAGAUUUUUAUGCUUGAAUACACCCUUAUCAUAUCGCUUUAACAGAUCUGUAUGCCAUACCCUCACAGUUCCUAUGAUCUCUUACCUGGUUGUGAAAAAUGAGAUGAGAACUACACACAAACCCCCCCCGCUGGCUUAGAGUGCCUGUUUUGUAAAUAUUUGUAUUUAUAUAUUACGGCAUUUUAUAACUUUUGUAUUUUGGAAUUGGCGUCAGCAUGGCUUACCGUGUUCUUGUCAUGGUCAGCUGUCUUUUAUCCACUGUGAGUGUUGUAUCUCAUAAGCUUUCAAAGUGGAGUUAUUUUUUCUGUACAAACAAGUUAUGUAUGACAGAAUUGUGCCUUCUGUGUGAAAAUAGAAUGGAUUUAUAUAUGAUGCAAUAAUUGAGCUUUGGAAAGUAUUCUCUCUCAUGUUCCUCUGUAUAGAGUACAGGACAUAUAAUGACAACUAUAGCAAAAGUGGCACAAUAUCACUUCCUAAUUAUUUAGUCUCACUAAAUCACAAAGCUGAUUUUUCACAACAGAAACUUAAAAUGGAUAACUUUCUCCUAAAUGGACACCACUGGUACUAAUAUUGACACUAGGGAUUUUCAGAAAUCCUGGUUGAGUGACUCCAAGACUCGGAAGUAGAUAAUCGGGGGGAACUUGGAUUCCAUUGACCAGGAUUUCUGGACAUUUUCAUAAUUUGAAUUUUGUGACCCUGUUUAAGUGAAAAUAUGAUUUUUAUCAUCUAACCAAACACUCACUGGUCACACUGUGCCAAACAACAAACUAACUAAAAACAAAUGUUAUGCUAUCGUCGUUGUAUGUUCUGUCCUUUUGGUGUUAUAUCUGUUGGGUAAAAACUACAGAUCACUUACAACUAGCUGUGAAAUUGAUGUAUUUCCUGUUUUAGAAUGCUAUGGGUGCAUUACUUCAUAUUUCUAAGGGCCAAGGAGUUUUUCAUGACCCUGUGACCUGUCGAGGAAAAACUCUCCAUCCUAGAAAUAGCCCCCUUGCAAUCUAACAGUGACCCUCCUCAUUCCUAGCUCCUUUGAACAUCUUGUUGACAUUACAACCCUCAGUGUAUCUGUUGAUUUUUUUUUUAUGUUGCCGUCAAUUUUUAUAAAGCCUUCCUGUGCAAAGAGAUGUUUUUUUAUGGACACUUUUGGGGAAAAUAGUUAAUAAAUUGUUUAAAGCAGACAUGUUGUUGAUCAACACAUCUGAGACACCAAAGAGUUUGACAGGUCCAGUUCCCUGCUGUUCUCUUUCGCUGUGAUAUCAUUUCCUGCGGUAAAAGAUUUCCACUGAAUUGGUUGUUCUUGUUUCUGUGAAUGAAAGAGCACUCUGUAGCCCAGGGUGGUCCAGCAGUCAAGCCUGUCUUCGGUGUGCAUGUAAGCCUUCAGCAGGGGUCCAAACACGGCCCACUUCUUUUUCAGUAAAAAAUCUAUUUCUCUCCCCACUGUCUCUAUCAAUAAAAGAAAGCAGACAUG